AUGUUUCUCUCCUCAAUAAUCUUCUGUUAUUCACCUUCUUCUUAACCAUCUUUUACACCUCGUCACUUAGCCUUCAAACAAGCAUUUCAAUAAAUUUCCUCCUUUCCAAAGAGUUUGAUUUAAUAUAAUGCUCAUUUUAAUGCUUCCUUAUAAUAACCUCUUUCUCAACAUAAGGCUUAAAAGAUAAAUAUCUCAUGCCCUAAUUGUUUUCUAUUGGCUUCAUCGAUUUGUAACAACUAAGCUGCAAAAUAGCAAUUCUCUGUACCAAGUGCUUAAUUGACAAGAGCCAUCUUUGAUAUGAAUAACUAAACACUUUCUCCUGACAGCUAGUACUCAAAGUUUUCUAGAGAUGUAAUAUAGAAUUAUUUAAUUGACGAAUAAAUUCCACUAAUUCAACAGGAAAAUGAAUAAGUUAAUAUAUAUUUCUAUAUUCUCAUAUCAAUUUUAUUAUGGCUUACUUUUUGGUUGUUUAAAGUAACUAAAGGAUAGUUCUUAAUUUUAAUACCCUAUCUACAAUUUUCAAUCUCCCUUAAUAAAAACUAUAACUAUUUAAUGGAAAAAUUUUGGUUGCUUACAUAAGAAGCAAUAUAUUAAUUAUUUAUCAUUAUUCAAGAAUUAAAGAUUUAUAAUAGAAUGAUUUCAUCUAAAAAAUGA